AUGUCGGAUCUCUGCCCCGUCUACGCGCCCUUCUUCGGUGCCAUGGGCUGCACUGCGGCCAUUGUCUUCACCUGCCUGGGUGCCUCGUACGGUACCGCAAAGUCCGGUGUCGGUAUCGCCGCCAUGGGUGUUCUCCGUCCUGAUCUCAUCGUCAAGAACAUUGUUCCCGUCAUCAUGGCUGGUAUCAUUGGUAUCUACGGUCUCGUCGUGUCUGUCUUGAUUUCCGAUGCUCUCACACAAGACUCCUACGCUCUCUACACCGGUUUCGUACAGCUCGGCGCUGGUCUCUCUGUCGGUCUCGCCGGCAUGGCUGCUGGUUUCGCUAUCGGUAUCGUUGGUGACGCAGGUGUCCGCGGUACUGCUCAACAACCGAGACUGUUCGUCGGCAUGAUUCUCAUUCUCAUUUUCGCUGAAGUCUUGGGUCUGUACGGCUUGAUUGUUGCUCUUCUCAUGAACUCGAAGGCCACCAUCAACACUGUCUGCGCCUGA